CUAAACAGAGUCUGUGACAAUGCAAUUUCCCACAUGUAACUUGCAUUGCAGUGCUGAGCAAACAUUUAACCACAUGCCCUCAGAAUUGGGAAAUUGAUGUUACAACACCCUUUCAACCACGGCUCAACCUUUACAAGCAGAUUCAACACUUCUGCUGUGUAUUUACAAUAGGUGAUUGGGCAACGCUUCGCUAUCAACAGUGCCAGAAUUUAUCAUGCAGGAUAUGCAAAGUCAAUGGUGGGAAGUAACACCCAGAUAUGUACAUAUGGUUCUACACACACCUCCAGCCAGGUAUAAAACGAGCAGUAGGGAAGGUGAUCAUUACAUGCAUGUUAAGGCACAGUUAACAGGGUACUACAAACUAUCAACCAAUCAGGUAAGGGAACACUGAAUGUUUUAUUUUUGAUAAUAUGGAAGAAAUUUUCAUCAAGCAAAAGAGCACAGAUGUGUGCAAGAAAUACAGUUCAACUUGAUGUGCAGCGUGAUUUCAUGUUUUGUUUUCUUCAACUGUGUGUAGAAUGAGGAGACUAUUUAACCAGAGAUCAGUGUACUGAGCCAUGAUAUAUGUGCAUUGUGUGCAUUGCGUGCACACAAUGCAAUGGGUAUAUUGGAUAAUAUGCACAUUGAAUAAGCAUAUUACUCCUGUCUAUGGUUCAUUUGCUCACUGCCAUUUGCUUGUGCAAAAUGUCCCCCUACAUGCUGUGUGUAUGCAAUAACUGUGGCUUUGCAAGUUUGUUAUUCAAGCAAGAAUACCAUAAAAAAAAUGAUUUUGUUAUAUUAAAAUGGAUCAACAGAUAUCAUGCAAGUCUUAAUAUUUGCAGAAAUGUUUGCACCGUCUACAUUGAAUGAAAUGUUGUUUGCUGUGCAGUCUCAGUGUGUGCAGAUAAGCCUAUCAUAGUGUUUUUCAGAGUCAAAAUGGCAAGAUACAAGGUGACUGUGCACACACACAACAUCACAACUGCCACCACGAUGAACAACGUCUUCAUCAAGCUGGUUGGCGAAAAAGGAGAGAGUAAGCGCACGUGGCUCACUAGCUUGAAGGGACUCUUCUAUCAAGGCACGGCGUCUCGUGAAUUCGACGUGGUGUGCCCCUCCUCCCUCAGCACGCUGGUGCUGAUAGAGCUGGACAAACAGCCCCUCCCACUCUUCCCCCAGGACGCCUGGUUCCCGUCCAAGGUUAUCGUGACGACGCCAGAGGGAGACACAUGCCAGUUCCCCAUCUACCGUUGGAUUAUGGACAAGGAGGUGCACCUGUUCAGAGAGGGCACAGCUAAAAGACUCUGUGAUGAAACUAAUCAUCUUGCCAGGUACAGCAGAGAAAAAGAGAUGAAGAAGAGAACUGAGCAAUACUGCUGGGAUACCUACAAGGAGGGUUUCCCCGGCAGCAUGAAGGCAGACAACCCUCUGGAUCUUCCCAGCGAGAUCCAAUUCUCGUUCACCAAGGCCACCCAGUUCCUCUUCACCGCCGCCACCGGGAUCACUGAGCUGAAACUGAAGGGGUAUUCCGACAACAAGAAGAGCUGGAAAAACAUUGAUGAAAUCAGCAAAGUCUUCUGCUGCAAUAGAACUGUCAUCUCAGACUACACACAGGAGCACUGGAAGGAAGAUGAGUUUUUCGGGUACCAGUAUCUGAACGGCUGCAACCCCAUGUUGAUCCGUCGCUGCUCGGAUUUGCCGGCAAAUUUCCCCGUCACAGAAGACAUGGUGAAGCCCUCUCUUCGUGGAUCGUCCAGCCUCCUAAGGGAAUUGCAGAGCGGCAACAUAUUCCUGCUUGACUACAAGAACCUGGAUGGAUUAAAGGCAAACGUGAUCAAUAGGAAAAAACAGUACAUGGCGGCUCCUCUGGUCCUGCUCUACAGAACCCCUAAUGACAAGCUGGUUCCCAUCGCCAUCCAGCUGAAGCAGAAGCCUGCAAAAGACAACCCCAUCUUCCUUCCUACUGACUCUGAGUAUGACUGGCUCCUGGCCAAGAUCUUUGUGAGGAGCGCUGACUUUCAAGAGCAUCAACUCAACGUCCACCUGCUGCGCACUCACCUCCUGGCUGAGGUGUUCGCCGUAGCACUGCUGCGCAACAUGCCCAUGGUGCACCCUCUCUACAAGCUUCUGAUUCCACACACCCGCUACUCCCUCCAGAUCAACCUCUUGGCCCGGGCAUUACUAAUAGCUGAUGAAGGAGUUUUCACUCAGUUUGCUGCUUCGGGCGGAGAGGGGAUGAUUGAGAUCCUGAGGAGAUCUGUGGCCUCAUUGACCUACAGCUCCCUCUGUGUGCCGGAAGACAUCACUGCACGAGGUCUGGAGUCAGUCCCCAACAACUACUACAGGGAUGAUGGACUCAAGCUGUGGGACAUCAUCCACAGGUUUGUAGAGGAAGUGAUUAGUUUCUAUUACAAGAGUGACUCAGAGGUCCGGGUAGACCAGGAACUACAGAACUGGAUCAAGGAUAUCUUUGACCAUGGCUUCCUGGCCCAAGAAUGCACAGGAAUCCCUCAGUCUUUCUCCACUGUGCCAGAGGUCGUCAAGUUCGUCACCGUGGUGAUCUUCACCUGCUCAGGCCAACAUUCUGCUGUCAACUCUGGACAGUAUGACUAUGGUGGCUGGAUGCCCAACACCCCCAUCUCCCUGAAACAGCCACCUCCCACCACUAAGGGGCAGUCUACUGAGAGCACCAUGCUGGAGACCCUCCCCGAUGUCGGCACAACAGCACAGGGCAUGUCAACUAUGUGGCUCCUUAGCAAGCAAUCCAGUGACUUUGUGGCCCUUGGCCAGUACCCAGAGGAGCACUUCAACGAGAUACCACCCUGCAGGAUGAUUCAGAAAUUCCAGACGGAGCUGAAGGUCUUCAGCGAGACCGUCAAUGCCAGGAACUCUGGGCUACCAGUGCCAUACACCUAUAUGGACCCUGCUGUGGUGGAGAACAGUGUGGCCAUUUAGAUAAGCCAAAGUCCUAGACCAGGGUCCAGUUCAUUAGGCACUAAUUGGAAGAAAACUGAGGAACUACCUUAUUUUUGUUGUCCUUUGUUUAGCGCUUUAAAACGUUUUCCAUUGCGUGCCCUGAUGAACACGACCCAAUGAUUCUGGAGGCAUGCAAUACUAAACAUUCUAAAAUCUACAAAAUGUAUUGAGUAUGUCAAUUUUUGGAGCUUUGCUAAACUAAUGUCCCACUUCAAUCAGAUAAAGGGAAAUCGCACUGCGGGUUUUAACUGUGUUAAACCAACACACACCUCCACAUGGUGUCCCUCUCACGGACAUAGACCUUGUUGAUGUUAUUAUUACCUUUGUACGUUUUAAUGGAUGUUAAGAAAUACAGGGUCUUUCUGACGGAUUCUUUUCUGGUGCCAUAUAACUAACGACGACAGGGACUCCUGGUGAAAAUGAGCUCUCCUGCUAAAUGAUGUGACACUGAAAUGUUGAUUAACAGUAAACAAGUAUCAGAAUAAUAUGAGAGAACAAUAGGUGUGACUCUCGUUUGCAAUUAAAAGCUAAUCAUU